AAUGGAUGUUGUGGGUCUGAGCGGUGUGUUUGGGAGACGAUAGUUUAUGUUUUACGGAUUGUGUGAGGGGUCAACUAGUCAAUUACCGAGUCCAUUUUUGGCAAGUGAAUGAGUGGGUGGUUCUGGUUGGCAACUACCGUGGACGGCAAUGUGUAAUACCACCACAUACGAUGGCAAAUCUUCAGGCGCAAGCGACGCGAGUCUUGUUUCUCGAUGGACAGGCAAUAAUAUUGCAAAACGAAGCAGGAGACAAUGCCUUCGGCGACCUAAACGCCGAACUGUUGCAACAGGCUUUACAAAGUGUCGGUGUAACACAGUCCGUCGAUGACGGUGGCGCUGACACCGCGGUAGCCGCGGACGCUAGCUUUGUUGUUCCAACGAAUGAGGCAACAGCGGUGGAGGUGGCGGAAGCACUUCCUACCACUCUGGAAGCAGGUGGUGCCAGUAAUUUCAGGCUGAUUUUCCAGAACGAUGAGGAGUCCCAGGGAGCUGUGCGAUUCAUGACCGAAGAUGCUGAAGCUUUGGGCCUUAAAAUAUUUGUCGAUGGAAGUGAAGUGAAACACGAGCAACAUCAACACGCUCAACAAGAUGUGCAGACAAACAGUUUGACCGUGAGUGAGAAUCAGGAACAACACUCAGACCAUGAGCAGCAACAGGUGGUGUUCACUACCCCGUCUGGUGAAGUUGCUACUGUAGUGCCUUCGUUUGAAGGUUGUGAAAUCAAAGAAGAUGAUGGAACGACUACCCAAUUCCAGUCUGCCGCUGAUGCGCUGGGAGCCCUUGUUGGUGCAACAACUGCUGGAGAAACGGUGUCGAUGGACCACCCAGUUACACUAGUGCCGCAGUUAAUAGAUGGGUGUGUGUCAUAUGCUGUGCAGUUUGCUAACGGAGAGGAUGAAUCUGCAGAUGUCGGCAGUACUGAGCAGCAGGAGGCGACAAUGGAAACUUCGUGUGCCUUCUCUUCACCUACAGAAUUUGCCGUGUCAGUGACAACGGCACCCGAAACUAAUCAGGAACAACUGCCACCACUUCCUGUACUUUCUUGUGUACGGGAACACAAGUCCUUACCAAUCGCGGCUAAGACUCAGGUCACCUCUAGGCCACAUGUACCUGCGAGAAAGAUAGUGCCAGCUCAGAGUACACCAGGAUCUGGGCCCAAUCGUAUAAAGGUACACGUUGUCGGUGGCAAGGUGGUGACAGAGCCUGAAGCGCAGCAGCUCGUCACCAGGACUGCGCCGAACGUAGCUCGCAUAGCUGCCAACAACUUUGAUUCGGCCAAACCACUCGGCUCCAGUGAAAAUCCCAUACAACUUGUACAGCACGGGCAGACGUUCCACAGUGUGCAGGCAUUGACCCAAGAGCAGCUAAAGCAAAUUGCAACAGUUUUACAACAGCAGCACCUGGAUUCGGCACCUCGCACCAAAAAUGUUGUUUACGAUGCAGAGACCAAUACUCGUAUCAUCUACAGGGUGGUGUACCCGGAGGACCUGGACUUGUGCGAACCCAACUCUCCACCUUCAGGAGAUACUGCUCCGCGCCGCUUGCAAGGCAUCGGUGUGUCACAUUCAGUGCAGGGAAACAUUACUCUGUCGAAGGCCAUUGUUGACAAUGGGAGGCUGCAGCAGGUGACAGCACUGCGGGGUCGUGGCAGUGGACGCAGAGGCCGGCUUCCGGGCAGCCGCAACAAACGUCCUGCCGACUCAGCUGGACUGGGAGAAAUCAGGGUGAUUCAUGAUGAGGCCGAGGAGGCAGCCCGAUCCGAGCGCAAGAAGCAGUUGUUAUCGCGCACCCGCUCUGGAAGACUAUCUCGUCCACCGCGGCACAUGGUGAAAGACUACAAGCGACUGCACAGGCUGGACUUCGCAGAUGCAGAUCUUGAUGAUUCGGAUGGUGGCUACUCGGAUUACCAGAUGAGUGAUCACGAGGACGGAAAGGAGGGGGAAGGUGCUGGGGCUCUGGCGAAAGGGGGCACAGAGGUACCAGAUCCAGCGCUGCCUGCAGGUGCUCCUACAGUGACAGUUCCAAAGCGCAAGAUUUCUCCGCACUUUCGGUGCCCAGCCUGCCAGAAGAUAUAUCUGGGCCACAGUCGCAUGGCACGACACCUGCAGGCAUUUCCUGAGCAUGCAAAGUCUGUCCCGGUGGACGAAGCCACUUCGCCAGCUCCACCCACUGAUGACAGAGGAGGAGCGCAAGACAAGACAGGUGUAUCUGCAGCUGCACCCACUGCUGCUGCGGCCACUCCGCCGACACCAGCAUCGGCGCCUGCACCUGCGCCUGCGCCCGCGACUGCGACUGCGACCGCACCCUCACCCGCAGCCACACCUGUGCCUGCAGUUCCUAACGGUGCAGUACCGACAGUGGUCAGACGUGUUGGCGCUCCCCCAGGCCCGCGAAAGAAGAAACGGCGUGGGCCGUGGGCGUACAUCACACCGGAGGCCCGAUCGCAGAGGCGGAAAGAGAAGCUGAGGGAGAUGCUGGUAACUUGUGAACCGGUAGAGGUUGCAGAGGUGUGUGGUCGCACUGUUUGUGGAUCACUUUCUCUACUGGAGCUGCUGUGGUUGCGACUGGAAGCUGUUCAUGCCAACCGACUGCUGGAGGAGCUUGCAGCACUGGUUGGAGAGGCACGGACUCUUCUCGGGUCUGCCCUGACCAAGGACGAGAGUGAUGACAAAAUGGGAUCCAGUCUAGACGACGAGCAUGUGGAGGUUUGUGGUGAUGUGUUGUGUGUCGCGAUGGGUCUGGAAUGUGGACGAUACCGUGUGGAUACUUCGAAGCUGCGUCCUCCGCCGCAUCCCGAAGAGCCACCUCCAUCCAAUCCUGCUCCAGAGUCCAAUGCACCCAGCAGAGCUUCUGAAAACCUGCAGUCAGCAACAGAAGUGGAAGAUGCCGUACCCGGAGAGCCCAGAGAGAAGAAGCCAAGAAUAGAAGAUCUGAAGUUGGAGGCUGCAAGCACCUCCCCGGACAGUGGGAGCAGCAGUGUUGGGAUGGAUUGCAGUAUGGCCGGCACUCCAUCAGAGACCAUGGUUGUUGACGACCCUGGUGAAUUGCGUGGCGAUAAGGAAGUGGCAGAUGAUGACACGCAUGAACUGCGGCUCUGUCCACUAGAGGCACUCGGGCUGCAAGCACAGACCAACACACUGGAAGCUGUCAGAACUCCAGACAGUGGUGUGGCAAACACUAAAGAGGACUCAUCGCCAGCUUCAACAGAGGCACCCCACACGCCGACGGAAUUGCCUCAUGUCGUGGUGGAACUUCCUGUCACAUCUUCAGAACUGCUGAACACACAGGCAGAGGCACCUCACAUGAUGACAGAACUGCAGAAUGUGCAGGUGGAGCCACCUGGCACCCCAGGGGAACUGCCCCAGAUGCCUUGCACAGUAACGGAGGUGCCAGUGCCCCACCCACCACACGACGAUGCACUGCCGCAGCCGCCACCGGAGCUGUCCGUGUCCCGCAUGCCGGAAGAUCUACCUCAUACCCCCACACAGUUGUCUUCCACGCCCCCAGAACCGCCACCUGUACAGAGGGAGGAGGCCCCGAUGCCCGCAGGACAGCUCCACCACAACACCACACACCCUCUGGACGAGGACUUGUUGGAUGGCCUUUGCUGUUCGGCAGAAGGUCAUCCCGAUGUGGCGGGCUCAGAAGAGGAUGCCGGCCGGCGGGCUGCCCUGCAGGCGGUGGAUGACAUAGUUCGCGAGCGACUGGGUCUAGUGGACUUCCUCGACGUGAUCCCGCCACCGCACCCGUCCGGGCGGGUCGAGCUCCCCGGGUUCGCAAGCUUGCAGGUGCCGCACCGUGCCGGAAGUGGAAGCGGCAUUUCCACGGCUCCACCCCCCACAUUCCUAGCAUUGCCGGAUUUAUCAGAUCACAUAGAUCUAGAUGCACUGGGAGAAGAACUGAGUUCCUCGGCACAUCCAGCUUCUGCUGCAAGUGGAGGUGAAGUUGUCGGAAGCUGAGAGUAAUGCCUCAGAAAAGAGGGCUACUUCCGAAGGACGAUGUUCGUGUACCUAACGUGUGAGACACCAAAUGAAAUGUGAUUUGUGAUACCUACAAAUUUGUGAUUAGCAGUGACUUUCUGUUAUCCACUUCAACACAACAAAAUAUUUUUAGCUGGCUUAUGUGCUAUGUUACGAGUAACUUCAAUUCCUCUAUUGAUAAAUUCCAAGCAGCACUAAUUUAAAACAUAUCUAAUCAACGAAAUGCUACAGUUUUGAUAUUGCCAAAAUUAAAAGAUACGAGAUGGAUGCUUUGACUGCAGUUUGUUACUACUCUUUUCAUGAUCGGCAUGGUCACAAUGAAUGAAGUGCUUUUUCACAACUGUUUUUCUGCUAGAAGCUUUUUCUAAUUAAAGCAAAUCAUUCCGCUUAGAAAUUAAAAAUGUUCGUCUUAUGGACAAAAAUGUACGAUUGGAUCAUGUUGCAUUUAAUGAACUGGGGUAUGCAUUUGCCUCCAUCACAAGCCAAAAUUUAUUUCACUUGUGCUCUCAACUUUUCACAGAUUUGCCUGACUGAUUAAAAACUUUUUCGCUAUUACUGGUUAACAACGGCAUUGGCAUUUGGUGAUAAACCAUGUUGCCAGAAAACCAUUCUCGCCUGAAUUUCUGCUGAGAAUCUGCAGUGGGAAACUUAAUUGCUUGUUUUUUGAGAACUGAAUAGGCUUGAAAUGAUUGUAUUUCACCGGUACAAAAGUAUUCUGUAUGUGUACUUACAAGGAUCUGUGUAUAACUACUCUCCCCUCUAGCAACUAUCUAUUUCUCCCCUGCUCUUGCCUUGUGAAAGUAAUGUUAUGAAAUGUGCUCUCGCUCUCUCUCUCUCUCUCUCUCUCUCUCUCUCUCUCUCUCUCCCUCCCUCCCUCCCUCCCUCUCUCUCCCUCUCCCUCUCCCUCUCUCCCUCCCCCCCUCCCUCCCCUCCUUCAGUAUCCUACACAUGGAACAAAAUUGCAAAUGCAGGUUUGCAGCUAUCACAGUUGCAGUGAGUCAGUACUGUCCAAAGAUAUUAUUUCUAUAAUGUGUAAAUACAAACUCCAGCUAGUAAAGCUGAACUAUUUGUGUAGUCUUUAUUAGUAAUAAAUAUGCAUUUAAAUAUGUGUGUAUAUAUAUAUGUAUAUAUAUAGUUAUGUCAUAUUUCGGAAUUAGUUGCAGUCUUAUCUGUGCACAGCUGCUAAUUUGAGAUGAUACGGUGCAAUAAUGGUUAUUUUUUGCCACUUUAUACUCAUUGCACUGCUAUUUUAAUAAUUAUUUGGAAGCAGUCUACCUCUCAUAAGAGAGAUAGGUAGCAGUGCUUGUGAAAGAAGUCAGUUUUAUUUUUUUCAUAACUCCAGAUUAAUCACUUUUUCAUUUUUCUGUCAGCCAGCAGCUCUCCAGAUGAACAAUAGACAUAAUUGUAUCAGUUGCAGUUUUAGUUACAUGUUUAUGCAACCUCUGGGUUCCUCGAUGGAUAGUUUCAUCUUUCAUCUGCUUGAUGUAUUUUUACUAAAAUGUGCAACUGAUAAGACAACACUCUGUCCUACGUGUUCAUGCAAAGACACUUUGUAUAUAUGUCACUAUUGUAUUUUUCUGUGAGGGAGUUUGUGUGAGUGUUUUUGUCUGAGGAUUAUUUUUUACUAAAUGUGUACCAGAAGAUAGUGGUUAUCCAUACGUCACCUUUGAAUAUUUAUACAGCAAGUAGACCAUUACUUUCGUUGUGUUCCCUGCAAUUUUGUACUUAGCCAGAGAGCCCUAACUGCUCUGCUAAGUCAGUGAUGACUGAGGUCUUUGUACUCUGUACUGGAUAAUUUUUCUACGUAGGAAAACAGUUCCUACUUAUCUGUACCUGAUUAUAAUAAGAGGAAUAUUGGCUGUUAAUUCCACACUAAGUUUCACCAUAUUUCAUAUUUGAUUUAGUACUUGUGAUAAGAUGUCAACAGUGAUAACACUUUUUAUAAUUAGUGUUAAGUUUGCAGUUGUGUGACGACUAUGCUACCUAUUUUCAGAAAGAAUAUAAAAAUAAAAAGUGUAAUAUUUCACCUUAUACAUAUUGUUUCCAGGCUGUUGACCUCAGUCCAAAUUACAGUAUUAAUUGGAAAACAAAUUUUAAUAGGUUGUGAAAUUACAUUUUGGAAAACAAAUUGUAAUAAGGCUGUGAAAUUACCUUAACUGCACAGUAGUUGUGAGAAUGAAAGUUUAGUUCCUAAUUCAAGAGACAUGUUCGCAGGUUUGUGAAGGGUUGCAUAACUUCUAAAAUCUUGUUGAGUGGUCUGUUUUAAAAUCUGAAACUACUGGUGCCUUUAUUUGUUAAUAUUCACAGAUGCAGUAAUGGAGCACAUGGUGGAUAUUUAAGACAUCUCUUAUAAAAGGGACGUCAAAAGAAAUAUUUCAUCUUAUUAGCCUUUGUUGCAAUUUUGUAAGUAUGGCCAUAUGAUCAUUUCUUUGUCAUUAAUAUAUUGAAAGUGAACGUUAUGGAGUGACGCUGCUCUUAGAUUGUCUUCAUACGUACUGGCAGGUCUGUAUUUUGGACUCUUGAUGGCCCAGGGCAAAAAAGAUCUCUGCUUGCCCCU